AUUUGAGGUGGGAUGGAGAUGAACGGAUCUUUGCUGGACCCUCUGCCUCAUCUUAAUCGUCGCCGAGCUCCCCGAAGACGACCAUUUCCCCCGAUCCUUCACACACGUUUGAAAUCGUGAAGAGAUCUCUUGUCUCGAUUUGGUCUCGAGCUAUUUAAAGCCGGGCAUUGGAGAUUUGAGCUCAGACGUCGACCUCUCUGCAUUUGGAUUAGGGUUAGAACACCGCAGAUUCAUAUAGGGCAGGAAGAAGAUUUGUCGUGGGUUGCGUCUGAUAAGCUUGAAUCUCGCAUCGUUUCAGGAGUUGUGUCCGUGAGUUUUCUGUAAUACUCUGCCUUCUUUCAAUUUCAAGGCGGAGGUUAUGGCCACGGCUGUAAUGAACAUGACCACGGCAGCGUUGGAUUGGGUAUCCAUAGCUUUUGAUGCUCCGCUUGCCCGAGCCGUUGUCUUUGGGGUUCACAUAGAUGGGCACCUAGUUGUUGAGGUGCUACUUAUAGCUGUCAUACUCUUCCAACUAACCAGAAAAAGUUACAAGCCUCCUAAGAAACCACUAACUGAAAAGGAAAUAGAUGAUCUUUGUGAAGAAUGGAUUCCUGAACCCCUUCAUCCACCUAUCACAGAGGAAAUGAAACUUGAGCCUCCAACCUUAGAAAGUGCUGCAGGGCCACAUACGGUAAUUGAUGGAAAGGAAGUUGUGAAUUUUGCAUCAGCAAAUUAUCUAGGACUUAUAGGCGAUGAUAAAAUAAUUGAUUCAUGUGUUGCCUCACUGGAAAAAUAUGGUGUUGGUUCUUGUGGUCCUCGUGGUUUCUAUGGAACAAUUGAUGUCCACCUUGAUUGUGAGACAAGAAUUGCAAAAUUCAUGGGUACCCCAGAUUCAAUCCUCUACUCUUAUGGCAUCUCAACCAUUUUUAGUGUUAUUCCAGCAUUUUGCAAGAAAGGAGACAUCAUUGUUGCAGAUGAGGGUGUUCAUUGGGGAGUGCAAAAUGGGCUUUAUCUCUCGAGAAGUACCGUUGUGUACUUCAAGCAUAAUGAUAUGACAUCACUAGAGAGUACUUUAGAGAAAUUGACUCGUGGAAAUAAGCAAGCAGAAAAGAUUAGACGCUAUAUUGUUGUUGAAGCACUCUACCAGAAUUCUGGUCAAAUCACCCCAUUGAAUGAAAUAGUGCGGCUAAAGGAGAAGUACCGAUUUCGGGUAAUAUUGGAAGAAAGCCAUUCCUUUGGUGUGCUUGGGAACACUGGCCGAGGCCUUGCUGAGCAUUAUGGAGUUCCAAUUGAGAAGAUAGAUAUAAUAACUGCCAGUAUGGGAAAUGCAUUAGCAACUGAUGGGGGGUUUUGCACUGGAACUGCCAGAGUAGUUGAUCACCAACGUUUGAGUAGCUCUGGAUAUGUCUUUUCUGCAUCUUUACCCCCCUAUCUUGCAAGUGCUGCCAUUGCUGCAGUGGAUCACUUAGAGGAUGAUCCAUCUCUCCUCACAACAUUGAGGAGCAAUAUCUCUCUGCUACGGGAAGGAUUAUCAGAUCUACCAGGUCUGACAAUCGCAAGCCAUCCAUUAUCGCCCAUUGUUUUCCUCAAGCUUAAAAAUCCAACAGGUUCAUUCAAGAAUGACUUGGAACUACUUAACAAAAUCACCGAAAGGGCACUGAAGGAAGAUUCUGUCUUCAUUGUUAGCACGAAAAGAUCGGUACUCGAUAAGUGUCGUCUUCCAGUUGGCAUUCGCGUGUUUGUUUCAGCAGGUCACACUGCAUCCGACAUCAAGAAAGUUUCUGACUCACUGCAGAGAGUUGCAGCCCUGGUUCUGGCUGAACAUAUUUAAACUCGAUUUGAAGCCAAUGUCAAAACAUUCACCGAGCAUAGGGUUGAAGCCUAAUUCUGUAGCUUCCGUAUGCUUUCUACUUCUUGUUCUUCCUCAGAGAAAGGUAGGAGAAAAUAGUAGGGCAUGGAUUGAAGGAUUUAUGUUUCAGAAUUAUUUUUUGUUUGCUGAUUGCAGUACUCUGCGACCAGAUUGUCGACUCAAUCCUUCUCCAGCAAUUGACCACAUGUAGAUAAAAAUAAAAAUGCUGAAUGGAUUGUUGAUUUUUGAUGUCUUAUUAUAGUUCUAUCAUGUAAUUCAACAGAUGAAAUGUUUUUAUUUGUUGCAUAUUAAAGCUUGCUUUUAGUUUUCUUCCACCAAA